ACCGCCAAAAAUCAGUCUUUAUAACCCCUAGUCCACCCACUUCUCUUUUCUUUACUUAUCUCUCUAUCUACCUUUACUAUUUGCAUUACAGAGGCAGCCAUGGAAGAUCAAACAACUUGUCUUCUUGAUUGGUCAUAUAUCUGCUAUGGGAAGAGCAGAGAAGAAUUGACAGAAUCACUUUUACUCACAACAAUGGAACUUGAAGCAACAAGAAUUAAAGCACAAGAAGAACUAAAACAAAAAGAUGACCAAUUAACACAACUCAAACACCUUCUAAAUACCAUAAUAACCAAAAAAACCGAAACUCGAACCUGUUAUCAAGCACUCCUACUUGACCACCACCGUCCAACAACCGUACCUCCGCCACACUCCGCCGUCUCAAGCAUAGAAGAUGAUCCUAUUACCAACAAUGCAUUUUCAUCCUCAGAUUGCGAAGAAAGUAUUGUUUCAUCUCCGGUGCCGGAAAACCCAGGUGGGUUUAUACCUCCGGCACCGGCUGUUUUGCCAGAACUGGAUUUUCCGGUGAAGGCAUUGCCGGAAAAAGGGAAGCUUUUGGAAGCAGUUAUGAAAGCAGGGCCUUUGUUACAGAACCUUCUUUUGGCGGGACCUUUGCCACAUUGGCGACACCCUCCCCCGCUGAUGGAUGGUUACCAGAUUCCGCCGUCACCGGUGAUGCUGCCGUCGCUGCCGCCGGUGCUAUUUUUGUCUGGGUCGUUUAACAAGAAAAGGGCUUUUUCUGAAGGGUCUGAUUCUUCAACAGAGACCAAGUAUCAAAGAAUAGUAUAAAUUCUAAAAUUUAUAAACUGGAUCAAAUAAAAAGAUUGCUUAACUUAGAAAGUGUAAUGCACGAUUUUUUAAAAUCGAUAAGUGAAAAAUUCUAA